ACACUUUUUCAUUUGACAAUUGCGCCUCUCAAAGUAAACAUGUUUGCCCCACAGACUGGAUCCAUAAAAAAACAGACGUGGAUUAAACCGCCUCCUGAAAAAGUAAAAACUGAAGAAAGAACAAUGUACAGUUCCCUAAAAUGUGUGCUGAUUGGUUCACAAUUCAUGGGUCUUCUCCCUUUAUCAAAUAUCACAAAAGGCCAAGAGAAAAUCAGGUUUAAAUGGUUUGAUUUACGGGUUUUUUACAGUAUUUUUUUCAUUGUUCUAUCUGGAAGCGGGAUGUUAGUUUGUGCUGCUUGUGGUUUCGAAAGAGGCUACAAUUUGAUGAGAUUGGCUGAUCAAACAUUUUACAGUGGCAGUUUGAUAACUAUGAUUUUGUAUUUUAAUUUGGCACGCGGUUGGAGUGAGAUAGUUAACAAAUGGUGCAACAUGGAUCAGAUUAUGAAUAAAACUUACGGAUAUCCUAAACAUAUGGACCUAAGUAUCAAAUUUUAUUCCAUGCUAUUUUUUAUUUUAGGCAUAAUAGAUCACGGGUUAAGCGUUACAAGCAGAUACACUAGUCUUAGAUCAAUAUAUAGAGAUAAUUAUACAUCGGCCUACUAUUACAACAAAACUUUUCCAGAAUUAUUUUACUACGUGAACUACAAUUUACCUUUAGGCAUAUACACUUCUUUAGUGGUUACACACGCCAACCUCUGUUGGGCCUUUAACGAUCUGUUUAUUAUAUUAAUGAGCUUGCUGCUCGCUUCUAGGUUCAAUCAGAUUUCAGAGAGGAUUAAGAAAGAACAUGCUACAGUUCAGACCGUCUUGUUUUGGAAGGAAAUUCGGCAAGAUUAUGACAGGCUAUGUCAUCUAUGUGUCGAUUUAAAUAAUAAAAUUUCACAUAUGCUACUACUGUCUUAUUUUCAAAAUAUAGCUUUUAUUUUGGUACAGUUAUUUAAUAGUUUAAAAGAGUUCCCAAGAAUUUUUGAAAAAAUUUACUUCAUAUACUCCUCUUGCUAUCUGCUUUUUAAAACUAUAUCUGUCUCUCUACAUGCCUCCUCAAUAAAUGACGCAAGCAAAAGACCAGCUCUUUAUUUAAACAACGUCCCUUCUAAGGGCUACAAUUUAGAGAUAAAACGAUUGCUGACGCAAAUCAGCUUCGACACGGUAGUCCUAAGCGGUUGUAAGAUGUUCAAAAUUACCAGGGGUCUGAUAUUGAGUAUUGCCACCGCUAUUGUAACUUAUGAGUUGCUGCUUAUACAGCUAACCGCAUACUUGGUAGUUGAGGAAAAGAAAGAUGAUGGAGUACAUUAAUAAGUUUAUGUAAUUGUUAACUAAUCAUCUCAAUCUUAAUCAAAUCUUAUGAUGAGAUGAUAAUUAAUGUUGGCAGUGAUAUCCAAAAUAAUACAUAAAGCUUAGCUUGAUUUUUUUUUGUCAGUUCCAUUCGUGUUGUAGAUAUAUAACCAAAUAAUUAAAACAUUUUGGAAAACCAAAAGAAUAAAAGAUCUUAAUUUA